CUCUCACAACAUCACCGAAGCCAGCGUCCUUCACCUCGCCCCGCCGAUUGAUAUGCACACCACUCUGGACUCAAUGCAAGCCUGGCCUGGGAAUGCCACGACUCUCCGGUCUUCAAAAAGACGUUCUUGCCCUCUACCGGCUCUGUCUACGCGCGGCUCGUCGGAAGCCAACCGAAAACCGCCCCAAUUUCGAGGCUUUUGCGCGGCGAGAGUUUGACAAGAACAUCGACAUGGAUCGAAAGGACUUUUCCUCCAUUGAAUUCCUGCUUCGAAAGGGCCGGAGGCAGCUGGAGAUUUAUGAGGCGCCAAACAUCACCAACAUCUCAAGCCAGGCAACCUCGUCGACGGUCCACCGUCUGAAUCAGCUCUUCAUUGCUGCAAGCAUGGAGUGAAAGGCCGGCGUCUGGCCUUAUGAGGAACGAGGAUGCUACCCCAGAUGCGCAGCAUUCAAUGCGCUGACUCGCCUGGACGAAUCGAGGGA